AAAAAAAAAAAAAAAUAAACAUAACAUCGUAACAAUGAUCUUUGACGAUGUGCAAGUCAUUUACGGAUUCCCGGAUGGGAAGACAGUAGUCUCAUACAAAACAAAUGGGAGUGAAGCAGUAAUUGGUGGUGCUGAUGGCACAGGUAUUAAAGUUUAUGAUACUAAUGCAGAUGAUCAAGAAUACACACACACUGAUAUUGCUGAACACAGUGAAAGUAUUACCUGCGUUGCGACUUCAAAAACAGGUGUUUUUGCAAGUGGUAGUGUUGAUGGUUUGGUAUUAUUGUAUACCAAAGAUGAUAAAUUUGAUAAAAUUCUUGUAAGAAGUGUUGCUUCUAUUCGUGAUCUUGGUUUUCAUCCAAAUGGUUCUAAACUAGCUAUUGCCACGGAUGAACCUACAAUUCGUAUCGUUCUUACAACUAAUAAUUCCAAGAUUGUGCAACUGGAAGGUCAUAAUGAUUCAGUGAAAUCAGUUUCUUAUGAUCCUUCAGGAAAUUAUCUUUUAUCUUCAGAUGUUAAAGGAAAUAUUCGAAUCUGGAAUGUUUCAGCUGAUGAACCUGUCCCUAGAUGUAUCAAAAUUUUACCUGGAUAUACUUAUAAAUCAGAUGUAGAUUCAGUUUUACAAGCAAAAGUAGCGUGGAAUCCAGACAAUACUUGUUUUGCUUUUACAGGUACCAAUAACAAUAUUCGAGUCUUUAGAAAUGAUAUUUGGGCACCUUUUUAUAGUCUUGAUGGCGAACAUACCAGGAAUGUCAUCACUUUUGCUUGGUCUCCUAAUGGCUAUUAUUUAGCUAGUUCUUCAGAAGAUAAUUCAUUUGUCAUUUGGGAUGUAAAGGAAAAAAAACCUAUUGCAAAACAUACAACUUCCACUUAUAUUACUGGUAUAGCAUGGCAUUCUUACGAGAAUGAGAUUACUUUGACGGAUGCACAUGGGCAAAUUAGAAUUUGGAAAGAAGUUAUCCCAACUGACAAUAGCAAUUAUCCUCAUCCUGCUAUUUUGCGUAAUAAGACUACGCUUGAACCUACAUCAGAGCAAGUAGCUCAAAAAGAAAAAACUAAAAAUCGUAUAAGCAAUUCAAGUUUAUUUGAUGAUGAUGAUGAUGAUGAAGAAGAAGCGAUAGAAGAUCAAGAAGAAGGUGAUGAUGUUGCAAUGGUAGAUGAAGAAGGCGAAGAUAUAGAAGAUUUUGUUAUUGAUGAUGAUGGAGCAGGAUAUGCUGAAACAGCUGAAGACGCAGAAAAAAAUAAACUAAAACUUCAGUCAAGAUUAAACUUGGAGAAUAUUCCAAAUAAUAAAGGUCUCAUUCAACGUCUGAAUAAAGUAGAGUCAAUGUUUGAACCACCACCCUCAUUUCAGCCUGGGGAGACUCCUUAUCAUAAGCCAGAACCAGGCAAGCCAUUUGAUCCUCAACAAGGUGAAAGAAGAUAUAUGGCCUAUAAUUUAAUUGGUGCUAUCUCAACCGUUUUUGAAGAUGGACAUUCAGUUAUCAAUGUUGAAUUUCAUGAUCAGUCUGAAUAUCGUAACUUUCAUUUUACUGAUGUUCUGAAUUUCAGUAUCGGUGCUAUUAGUUCUGUAGGUGCAGUAUUCGCUGUUGAAGGUAAAGAGUCUGAAGAUAAGCCUAAAAAGGAAAAUGAUGAAGACAUUGAUGAUUUGGACAAUGAAGAUAUCAAUGAAGAAGAAGAGAAUGAAAAUAAACAACUUUAUUCAACAUUGUAUUUUAGACCAAAUAAGAUGGGAACGAAUAAAGAUUGGACACAUUACAUGCUUCCUGGAGAAGAUAUCAUCACUGUUGCAAUUAAUCAGGUUUCUGUCAUUGCAACAACUUCAUUAGGUUACGUUCGUAUUUUCUCAAUUUCAGGCAUUCAAAAACAUCUAUUUUCACUAGAAAACGUUGUGACGAUGACUGCCAUGACUGACUUGGUGUUUAUUGUAUAUUCUGAUGGUCCAGCUUUUGAAAAUCAACAAAACCUAAGAUAUAUAUUAAUGAAUACAAAUACAUAUGAAAUUCUACAAAAGGAUAAGAUACAAUUGACAACUGAAAGUACUCUUAAUUGGGUUGGAUUUUCUGAAACCAAUCAGGCUUGUACGUAUGAUUCGCAAGGUAUUUUGCGUGUUCUUUAUCAUCAACGUCGACCCUAUCAAGGUCGAUGGAUACCCGUAUUUGAUGGUAAAGCUUAUGCAGGAUCACAACAAAAAACUGAAAAGUAUUGGCCUGUGGGUGUUUUACGUGAUCGUUUAAUGUGUGUUGUGAUUCGUGGUAGUAAUCUAUAUCCAUUCUUCCCUCGACCUCCAGUGAAAGAUAUUCCGCUACGAUUACCUUUACUGGAAUCAUCAACUGAAGUAGGACAAUUGGAAGAACAAAUUUUACGUAUUGAGACAUGCAAUUUCCAUGAACGUGAUGAAGCUGAAGCAACUAAUACAGAAGAGGAAUAUGUACAAACUUUCCAUGAAGCUGAUAUUGAGAUGGAUAUUGCUAUACUGAAGCUCAUUAAUUUAGCUUGUAAAUCAGAAAAGGUAGGAAGAGCGUUAGAUUUGACCUAUACUCUUCAUACGUCAGAAUCAAUCGAUAAAGCUGUUAAGAUUGCCUUAUUCCAUCACUAUACAAGUUUAGCAGAAAAAAUAGCUCGUAUUAAAGAGACUAAAUUUAUAAAUGACGAGCAUUCAACGCCAUCUACUUUAGCAGAUUCUCUUGGUGCUCUACCUAAUAUUCAUUCAUCUACUCAACCUACUUUAUCAAGUGAUCUUUCUUUUGUUAAGAAGCAAAGAGGAAAAGAAUAUAAUGGUAAACGAAGCAUAUCAGAUGAGGAUUCUAUCAUGUCAGACGUACACACAUUUAAAAGAUCAAAAGGGUUUGAUUUUUCUCAAUAAAAUGAAUGUAUAUAUUAGAUGUUUGUAUUAUGUUUAUAGUUGUAUAUAAAUAUAGUAGUAUGACAAUAAUUGUCUCCUGAAAUAUGUGUACACACAACACGAAC